AUGGGUGACAAGGAUGCGGGCUGGGGUGUUGGGGCCUCCCGCUUAUGGUUUAAUGGGCAUAGAUUGCAGAUAUGCUGGGGAGAUGCUUGUGAAAUAUCGAAACGCACGAAGAAGAUGGAGUACAAGACACGCCAGUGGCACGAGAAGUGCUUCUGCUGCUGUGUCUGCAAGACGCCCAUCGGCACCAAGAGCUUCAUCCCGCGCGAGCAAGAGAUCUACUGCGCCGGCUGCUAUGAAGAGAAGUUCGCCACGCGCUGCGUUAAAUGCAACAAGAUUAUUACUAGUGGUGGAGUGACCUACAAGAAUGAGCCAUGGCAUCGUGAGUGCUUCACGUGCACAAAUUGCAACACUUCACUGGCUGGCCAGCGCUUUACAUCCCGUGACGAGAAGCCAUACUGUGCUGAAUGCUUUGGAGAGUUGUUUGCGAAGCGCUGCACAUCUUGUUCCAAGCCUAUCACCGGAGUUUUUCAAGUUCUGGUUGAAGUGUUAGUAGGCAUUGGCGGAACCCGCUUCAUCUCCUUUGAGGAUCGUCAUUGGCACAAUGACUGCUUCAUUUGUGCCAUGUGCAAGACAUCAUUGGUGGGCCGUGGCUUCAUCACUGAUGCUGAUGACAUCAUCUGCCCAGAGUGUGCCAAGCAGAAGCUGAUGUGAAGCAGCCUGCUCAGCCAGAGCAUAGCACUUAAUGAUAACAAUAUUGCACAUGCUAACAUUGAACACAGUACAUUGCAGAGUACAGUGUAAGUCUUGUAAAUUAAUUGAAAGUUAAGUUCUCAGAUGAUGUUCCAAUGAUUUUUUUCAUGCAAUCUUUUAAUAUCAUAGAAAAUCCUUAAAAACGUAAUGUAUAUUAUAAAUAAAUAAGGAAUCAUAUAUCACAUUUUGCUGUCUAGUUUCAUGUUAUGUGGAACUUAAGUGUGUCAAAGGUUGAAAAAUAUUCAGUACUUUUCUUGUUGACACAUAUCAUCAUAUCACAGAUUCCAUUUUAUGCGGCAUAUAUAUAUCAAAUAUUAAUUGUUUUGUAAUUCUUAUCUUUCUAGCUUUUUGAGAAAUAUGUACUUGUUUGAACCCUUAGGAAACUUACUUAAGAUAUGUGAAAAGCUUACUCUUAGUUAUGGUUAUUUAGAAACAAAUUAUAUAAGAAAACAACAUGUAUUGCUUUUGCUGUUGAUGGAGUGGACAAAUGAAUAUCUGUAAGAAACUCCACAUUUUAGAAUGCACUUCUAAAUACAUAUGCUUUAUGACAGAAAAUUUAGAAUUAGAAACAUUCUCAACAUUUUGUAGAUUCAUGUUGAAAUGAUUUAGGACAUAUAUGCCUUUAGACUAAAAUUGUAUUAUCUCUUGCUUUUGUAUGGAUAGGAUAAGACCAACUAUUACAGACUUGUGAAGAAAUAUUUAUAGUCUUAAAUUCUACUGUAACUAAUCGAAUUCAGGAACUGUCAUUUACUAAAUUUGGUGAAUGUUAUUUUUCGGUACAAAUGAAAUAAAGUAUUUUAUUAAAGAAAAUUUUUAACAAAUACUUGUUAGGGUGAGUGUAAUUCAGAAUUUUGUUAUUCAUGAUGCCUUAAAUUCAGAUAGGCUAUUUCCAUUCCAGAUAUCUGAGCACUCCAACAUGCAUUGGCUGGGUCGGCCUAUAGUUAGUCUAGAACCCUAAAACUCUUUGAAGAAACCUUCUUAUUAGAAAAUUUCCACCUUCUCUUUCUCUCUGACCAGAGCAUAAUUCAGGGAUAAUAGAUACCUUUGUAUUUACUUAACUAUGGUCCUAUUACACUAUUAAUCUCUGAAGCUCCUGAAAGAUUUAUAUAAAUUUCAGUCUCCACUGUAUUGUAUGUACAGAACAAGAUUGUUUCAAUUAAAACUGAGAACAUCACUAUUAAUAGAAAAAAGAAUUAUAUUUUCAUGUAUAAAUAUUGUCAUUAUAGAGUUUUCCUUUCUUGUCUCAUUAUAAUGCUACAAUUUUUUUUUUACUUUGUAAGAGAGUAACUACCAAUACUAACUGAGCAGGGAGUUAUAUAACUAUUACAGAAGAGGCACAGCACUGCACUAACAUUCAUCUAUCAACAGCACAAUGCUUGUGUAACAUUGUAGGUUACAGAAAGUAACAACUACCACUCACAUACACAAUAAUGUCUCACACACACUCACACACACACAUACACAAACACAGACAUCUACAUACACUCCACAAGACACUACUCCAAGAAUGUUAUAUAUGUGAUAUAUAUCAGUAGAGUUUUGGGGGAUAAAGUGGCCUUAACAUGCAUUAAAGUACUAUACUACACUAAACAUAAACCUACAGUUCUGUCUUUUCGAUGAAUAAGAGAUACCAAUGAGGAAAUUGUACUUAUUGAGGAGUAUCCGUCCCAACUAAGGGUGCAAGAUGGGAAACUAAUAUUGUCCUGAAAUAUUUUCCAGGAAUGAUAGUAUGGAAUUAUUGAACUGUAUGUAUAUUUAGUGGAUAUUUCUUGUUCUAAAUUAGAGGAAUAUUUCUAAUGGCAACAAAUCUUUAGUGGGUGGGUGGGAAGGGUAGUUAGAGUGAAAUAGAUAUAAUGAUGAGAGGAAUCAAUAUGUACUGUUGUGUUGUGAAUAGUUUUUACUAUAUAUAUAUAGGUCCUGUAUGAUUUACGUAUUCUUUGCUUUCUAUUAUUGAUUUUUAGUUGUCAUUUUUAGGUUUUCAUUUUAGAUCCUUGUGUAUGCAUUUAUUUGUAUUGAACUAUCUAUUAAAUGUUAUAUAAUCAAGAUUAAGCAAAAUUGUUUAUAGAUGCUGUUUACCAAGUUUUGGUGAUGGAAGAAUUUGCAAAACAAUGAAAUCAGGUGUUGAUUUCAACUUAAUGCAGUCUUAAGGAUUUUUUUUAAUAUGAUGAUAUUUGUUGCAAAUAAUACUACUGUGUUGCUUUGUCUGACAUCUAGUCACUGGGUCCUGUUGCCACACUUGGAUUGUUUUGCAUAUGCUAUCUAUCAGACGCAAAUGGUAGAGCUUCUAUCAUACCUUUUAAAUUCUUGCUUUUUGCUCUUAUUGAUCUUUUUGCCUGCAUAUUGUAUUCAAUAGUGCCGUUAUUUUUCAUAAGUAAAUUCAAUUUUACUUAUGCUUCAAUAUUAUAUUUUUUGAACGAAUGUUGUAAUAUUGUAUAUUCUGUUCAUACACAACAUCAUAAUAAAGAUAUGCAAUUUAAUAGAAUAAUGCAUUGUGUUAUUAUUUAGAUAUUCUGUUGAAAUCUUCAUGUAGAUACUGCCUCUUCUCACUAUUCCUAUUCUAGCACAUCCAUAUUUUCAAUGAAGUAUAACCAGUGAAAGUAGAUGUUGCUUUAGACUCUCAUUAUUUUCUAUUUUUAGGCUAGUGUAUUUUCACUGACUCUUAUGUUCUCUGCAUAUGUUAACUAAAAAUUAAAGACUUUAUUUUUAAAUAUGCAAUAGAAAUAAAUAUAUAUAUACUUUUAACUGGUAGUAUGUGACGAGACUGAUGACCUUCCUGGAAAACAACAGUCUAGUGCUUUAUGUAAAGUAAUUGAACAUUUAGUUGAAAUAAUUUUCCAUUGCAUGUGAUUGGGAGAGAUUGCUCAGGGCAUCAACUGAUGUCACUGCAGUCCCUCUGACCGGGAGGUUGUAGGUUCGAGUCCUGACGGUGGCA